UCACUUGAUCUUAUGGUCAGCAAACAAGGACAUUUUAUUAAUUCGUCACAGGAUCGUACAUAUACAACUGAUUCACUCGAAAAUGUUACCAAACCGAAAAUUUUCAUUGCCAUGAAAUUUCAGUUCAACAUCAACUGGUCGCAUGUCUUCAACGAGUGUCUUGAGCCGCGAUACUCGCUGUAUGGAGUGGAUAUGAAAUCGAUGAAGCCAUCAAAAAGUGAACAAGUGCUCUUCAAGUCAACAUUCACGAACACCACCGAACGAGAGCAGGAAUACUCGUUCAAAACUGAACGUGUAACCCGUAGUGCUGUCACUGUUUCAGUCGAGAAAGGUGUGUGUCGUGGAAUCGACAUGGAACUGAAACUGAAGACUCCUUGUGAGGUGGUUGAAGCAAACGCCGGUUUUCAUAACGAAGUUUCCGUUGUUCAUAUCGGUGAAAAUACCCAAGAAGAGGAACUAACAUGGGGUGUUGAUAGUACAGUUCGGGUACCACCAAAAUGUGAAACCGUCGCUCAAUUGGUCAUUCUUGAAGAUCAGCAUGUCAGGUCACUCAUUUAUGUACCCAUCAGUUUAUAUCAUCAGUUCCCUUCCUCAUCUCAUAAACCAAAUUCAGAAACCUUCUCAAGCGACAAGAAAGUUCAUUCAAUGGGUUUUCUUACAAGCAGAACCAGACGGAAGCGAAUCCGUUGCUUCAUUCGGUCAUAA